AUGGACUUCCCUGUCUUCAGCUCCCGAUCGUCCGUCGGAGGUGCGACCUGCCAAGGAAACGUGGCACACGCUCACUUUCAGCGCGCCUCGACUGCCCCGGGAGGGAAAGCGCGCCGACCGGUGGCGCUCUGCCAAGCCCGACGGAAUCCAAUCACCGGCUGUGUGAACCGUUCAUCGGAGCUUAUCAGAAGCCGCCAAGACAGACUGAAUGGUUCAAGCGGGGCCAUCCUCAGAGUGACGGUGCUUAAUGCAUGUCAACCCCCUCGACAGACUUUGCCGAGCCCAAGCCUGAUCGGCUUGUCACCAACAAGCUCGUGGGAGGGUCCAUCGAUGGUCUGGAGUCCAACCGAUUCGGACGAGGCUCCUGACCUCCCCGGAGGACUGGCGAGAGGCUCGAUUCAGUUCCCAGGGCCUCCUCGAUAUGGUCAAAAUAUGGGGAAGGAGGGUGUCGCGAUGCUGAUAUUCCGCUGGCUGAGAGCCAAGGCGACUGGUAUUGCCGAUACCACUGAGGCUCUGACUCGGGUCGUGAUUUGA